CAUGAUAACUGGGCUUGUCUGCAGAUCUUGGCACACUUGUGGGAGAGUUUGGAGAGGAGAGAUCCCUGAAAUUAGAAUUUCAUGAUCCCAGAGAGUCCUCAUGGUUCCAUCCCAUGUGGUGAACUUGGCCUCCACCUUCCCUGACACCCCCUGGUACCUCAGCCCUCCCCGCCCCCACAAGCACUGGGCCUGGCAUAGAGAAGACCUUCAAGGAAGGCUUGAUGAAUGAACGAAUGAGUGAAUGGAUGAGUAAGCAAACAAGUGAAUGAGCCAUCCCUCUCCUCUCCUAUCACCCGAGGUCCCUCCCCAGCUCAGACCUCAACCCCCACAUCUGCACUGUGGCUAUUGCCCACUCACUGGCCUCCUAGCCUCCCGGCCUGCCCUGCACGGUCUGCCCAACUCAAUGGCCUGCCUGUAUUAGCAACUAUUUCCUAGGUGCUGCCGGGGGCUCCCCAGCGGACCUGCGAGUGGGCAUGAGGUCACUUUGCCGAGAAUGUCUCCUCCUGGUGGGAGGCUUGAACAGAAUCUCUGUGGCCCUGGGCAUAGAAGUGCCAGGCAGUGAACAAGCCAUGCCCUGUCUCUGGGCCUCAGUUUCUCCUUGUUUAUUCAUUCAUUUCACCAAUAUUUAUUGAGUGCCUGCUUUGUGCCAGGCCUAUAGCCCAGGGCCAAUAAUGACUAGGAGCCGGGUUGUGUCAGGACCAGAGCCAACACACAAGCAUCCCCGGCAGGACCCGGGGAGUACAGUAGGUGUAGUGGUCACAACACUUGACAAGGACCAGGGAAGGACCCCUGGAGGAGAUGGCCGUAGGGCCGGACCUUCAGACAGGUGGUGCUUCGCAGGUAGAGAUGGAAAGGAGGGCAUUCCAGAUGGAAGGCCCAGAACAAGCAAAGGUGCAAAGGCAAUUCACCCUGUGCAAAUCCAAAGGUCUGGAGGCCAGGAUCAGAAGUUGGACUCCGUUCUGGCCACAGGGGCUGAGGGAGGAAAUGCCUCUACCCCCUGCUGGUUCUAGCCUGGGUGGGGUGCCCCUUCUGAGGGACAAGGGGCAGAAGUCUUGCUUCAUGUCCUCCCACCAGCCUGGCCCCUUUAUAGGCAUCCUCCCUCAGGGGCACCAGUAAGAUGGGCCUACUGUGGACCCUAUUCUCCCUUUUGCUCCUCUUGCUGGGGAAGCCAGGCCGCCAAAGAACCCACUCCCCCAGCUGCCCAGGUCAGCCCUGUGGCCACUCAGCCCAAGGGCCCAGAAGCUGCUAGGGGCUGCUGAGCCGGCAUGGCACGUUGAGUGGCUGGUGCAAUCUGUGCCUACUGGAGGGCAGAGCCCUCCUAGAUUUUUUUGUGACACGGACACCAAAACGGGUGAGUGUCAGAGAGGCUCAAAGGGCUCAGAGGCCAGGCCCAAUGGGCACUUCUCCUCUUGGCCUCUUGUUCCAAAAGCGACAGGGUGUUUCUGUGGAUUUCUUCUGCUCUUGGUUCUCCUAUAAAGCAGGUUUGGGGAGCCAAGAAUCUGAAUUCUGGCUGGGGCAUGAGAAUUUGCACCAGCUCACUCUUCAGGGUACCUGGGAGCUGCAGGGGGAGCUGGAAGACUUUAUUGGCGAACACACCUUUGCCCAUGAGGCCUUCCACCUCCUUGGGGAGGCAGAUGGCUACCAGCUGGUGUUGGACAAGUUCUCAGAGGGCAGUGCAGGCGACCAUCUGAGCUGCCACAACCAGAAGCCCUUUACCACCUACGAUGCUGACCAUGAUGUAAGAUGUGCUGUGAUCAUCCACGGUGCCAGGUGGUACACAUCACACUGCCAGUCCAAUUUCAGUGGAUGCUACCCAAUGUCAGAGGCCACUGCUCACAAGUAUGGCAAAUGGGCCUCAGGCCAGGGCAUGGGCCACCCUUACUGCAAGGUUCACAUGAUGCUUACUAGGAUACAAUGUCAGCCAGUCCCCUUAUCUCUCCCGUGCAGCUUCCGGACCUUCAGCUACCCUCCCUGUGGCUAACUGCCUCUGCUCUCCUGCCCACAUUUAAAAAUUAAAACAUGUUAACCCUUUCCUGACUUGUAGGACUCUUCCAGUUACUGGGAAAAACUCAAGAGGGCAGAGCAGAGACACAGA